UGAAAGAUCAUCCAUCUACCCUACUCUUUAUCUACAUUGACUACGGAGUACUUAUCUCCCGUAUAUUUAUCUCACAGCAAAAUGGUAACCUGCACAACCAUCCCCGUCUCUAUCCCCAAAGACGGCCCACUCCCCAAGACGACAAUCAAAGAAAUCAUCAGCACGUUCCUCCCCACCGAAUGGCCAUACGUGGACCCCGAAUCUCUCACCGUGAUAUACACAACCGGCUACGCCAACACAAACUGCAUAGUAUCCCGUCCCAUUCCAGGCAACACCGCCCAUUCCGAACCCCUGAAGGUAUUCUUCAAAAUCCAUGGCCCACUGGAUAGAGAACUCGAGGUACUCAAACACUUGGUUCCCACUAAACAGGAAGAAUCCCAGCUCUGCUACGAGUACGGCCAAUCUGGUCUCGGUGCCAAGGUGUACGGGUUCUUCCAGCUACCCGAUGGCACGUUUGGAAGGGUUGAUGAGUUUUUGGAUGCGCAUCCUCUGCAGCCAGAGAAUGUGGAAAAUGAAGAUAUUCGCGCCGAGGUUGCGAGAGCGCAUGCUGUUUUCCAUGCUAUGGAGAUGACACAAUUGAGAAAGAAUCCGAUUCGGGAGUAUUUUGAUGCGGUGACGCCGCAGCUGGGACGGUAUCAUAAGAUGGAGAAGUUGAAGAGGCUGGCGAAGGAAGGAGGGCUGAAUCUGGACCAGCUGAUUGAUUAUGACUUGGUGUCCAGACUCCAAGAAGUCGUGGACCGACUGGACGCUAUUGGGGCAAAAGGGGGCUGGUGUAUCCACGAUGUCCAACUAAGGAACGUGAUGGUGAAGAACCGCCCCAGACCAGAUGAAAGUAAAGUCGUGCUCAUAGACUUCGAAUUCGUCUUUCAGAACUAUCGAGCAUUCGAUAUCGGGGGACACUUUGUGCAGAAGAUGUUCCAGUGGUUUGAUGAAGAGAGCCAUAUUGCCAGCUGUCGACCGUAUACAGAUGAAGAGAAGAGGCAUUUUUGUGAGGAAUAUGCGAAGCAGUGGAAUAAGACGACGGGGGAUGAGGAUACAGGGGAACAGGUGUUUAUGGAAGCUGAGCUGGGGAUCAUGCUGGCCAUCUCUUUUGAAAUUCAUAACAUGCUUUGUUUUAUGGAUCAGGAUGAUGAUAAUGAUCCGUUGAAUUUGUUGGCGCUGAACAAGCUGUUUGGGGAGUUUGUCAGUCAGUACGAGAAGCUUGGCUUAGGAACUGAGUUUGAUAGGACGAAAUCGGCGUGAGGCCGUUUCCUCAGUCUUUGCGUGUAUGGCGGCUACUUGUGGCUGUACCAAGUCAUGAUGUCGAUCAGUUUACUACAGGAAUAGAA